ACUUUGGCGGUUCUUUUAACAUUGUGUUGCCAUGGCUUCGUCUGGUAUUUUAGUUGAGACGGGUUCUGUGGUUAGUUUCUGUAUUAUUUUUUAGCUGCUGGUUCGCUCUCAAAACAGACCUUAUAUCGAUUCAUUGCUGUUUGAUUAUUUUCCAAACCAAUAUGUCCCUCAAAGUGGGAAAUCGUUGGUUGAAGUUUGCCAGCCAUCUUCCUGUGAAUGCUCUGAAUUUCUUCACCAAAAGUUAAUGCAAUGCGUUCUCCCAAAAACAUUUAGUGGGUUUCACUUGAAUGGUUACAAUACACAUUGUCUUCUUAUUGACUGUGGGGGUCGGUUUUGUCCAUCAAAGUUUGGAGUGUUUGUUCGCAGACAUUUACAAGACGAAAUACCUGCUUUGAAAUUUGAGCACAACCAGUAUGAAGUGUUUUUAGAAGAAGUUCGUUCCCUAAUUUCUUGAUAUUCUUCUAACAGAUGUUGUCUAGGGUUCAUAUUAUUCGUGUAUUUACAGAUUGUGAACUCCUUUUGGCUUUUUCUUACUCACGAGAAGUUAUCAAACAGCACCCAGUUUCUUGUCUUAUGAUUAGUGCGAUGAAUGCUUUUACGUAUUUGGAACGUUUACGCUACAAUUCGUGGAAGAGUCUUGUUAGUCAGCACUCAAUCUUGAUGGGUAUUUUGCUCCGCGUGAUUGCCGACUUUCAGCUUCUCUGUAUUAUCAUCAUGAAGUGCUCCCCUGAUAUUCAUGUUCUAAAUGAUUCUUUGAGUACUGAUACUGAGAUGUUUCACUCGAAUAACUCAUUAAGCUCUGAAACAAGGAACGAUCAUUGGUCGAAAUAUGUAACUCAUAAAAUCGAAUUAAUUGACUGUGAGCAUUCCUUCGUAUCAUAUAUCAAACAUGAAUCUAGUAUGAAAGUGAUAAAAGACACAAGAGUUUCUUAGUUAAUGGUUAUUUUUGUAAAAUAAAAAGAUUUGUUUUCCUACUCCUCUUGGUUUACUAAUGUAAUAGAUGCUAAAUUUUCACUCCAUAGUUGAAAACAAACUAUCCAUAUCUCUAACAAAAUGGUGAUAAAAGUCAGGUCUUGCUACUGCCAGAUCUUUAAACAUUAUGAGGUUUACGCUACAGUAUUGGUAGCUAUAUGCGCGGUAUAUGUAUUGCUCUCUGUUAUUAACCAUAGCUAACUAUAUUAUUUUUUACUGACUACAUAUUAUCCAGAUAGAGUUAAUGAUUUCUACUUUGACACAUUACUCGCUUAUGAUUUUUUCCUUCAUGUGAAGCUCAGUGCAGAAUUAUGAAUUAACCUCAUUUUACAAAACCUGGUACAUCCGAAAGCGGGGCGAGUCAGCUGUCCCUCUCGGAAUGCUCUCACAUGGCUACGCGUAUACAGUCACUGCCAGGGAAGUCCUACUUACUGCCUUCUAGUGGCGGGGGUGUUGUUUACGAAAUUGAGAGGACAAAAAGCGAGUGUUGGGCGCUCUAACCGGGUUGAUGGACACGGAGGGUCCACCUACGGAAGCCUGAAAACCCUGAUUCUAAACCAAUGGUUCACAUGGGCCCCAGGAUCCUGAAGGAACAAAUGGCGUAUGAACCUAUUGUUGGUCACCGGCUACCAUGGGACUGCAUCUCCUUACGAUGUUCCACUGCCCUAUGGACCAGACCUUUAGGUCGAAGGCUCGGGGUGUGGCCCCGAAACAAACCAGGUGCUUCGGUCUGGGCACCGGGGUAGUAUCACAGUCCACACACAAAUCAAGUGGCUUGUUUGGCGCAUAUGUAUUCGGUCCCCCUUCGUACCAAUGUUUAUGUAUUUAAAUAAAUAAAUAAAGUAGGAAGUAGGCAUCUUCACUCAUACAAUUGAGCAUUUCCGUAAUGCUUCUAGCGUUUGUCUACUAGUUAAAGUACUCGGAUUUCGACAUCCGCGGCUUAUGCGUAAGUAGAUUUGUGCAGCUUGGUAAAAUAAAUAAUCCUCACACAAAUAAUGCGGCUUAAAUUGAAGUACAUAAAAGUGUGUUUGGUAAAUAAGUUACAUUUAAACUAAAUUGUUAACUUACAGCCUUCUAUCUAAAUAUGCUUACUAGUCAUUAUUAUUGUUUAUCACCCCACUAUUGGUUCUUUACGUGGAUGUUUGUGGCCAAACGAGUGCUUACCGUAGAUUAUUUUAAAUAAGUCAAAUCACGUAGUGUUUGCUAGUUCAAUUUUGUCGUAUAUUGUAGUAACCGGAAUCGGAAAUUGGAAACUUUAUCUUACUUGAAGUACAAAGACAGCACAGUCCUGUCAAGCAAAGGUUUUAAUCAAAGCCCGAAUCCUUUGAGUACUUUAAGUAACUGUAGGAAGUAUUUAAGAAGUGUUUUUCGUUAAAUACAAAGUGUUGCUUCAGGAUUGAGAUACAUCAUCUCAUAUUUUAUUAAUAGGUAACGAAUUAUUUGGAGUCACCAUUCCUGAUGGAAUUUUGACGUGGGGGCUAAGGGCUUUUUUGGCAACUAUCAGCUCGGAUCAUUUGUGUCGCCGUUGAGUUGCUAACGGUAGCUUAGUGAUUAAAACACCCAGAUUGCAACUGAUAGUUAUUGGGUUCAAAUCGUGCUCUAUUUAUUCCGGGUUUUUCUCUCGGACAAUAUCGAUAGCCUACUCACGUGAGGAAAUAUAUUUGACUAAAAGCUGGGUACGUAAACUGCAGUGGAUAAAUGAGUUAGAUUACUAUUGUAAUUGAGGUAUCUAGAUGUUUAUCAGAGAGUGUAGAGAGGUACAGGCUUUUUGGUUUGGAUAAUCAAUGUUUUGAGAUUGCUAAGCACAUCUCAUGACCGAUCCUUGUGUCACAAUUGAGCCUCUUUUGUAUUUCUGUUUGAAUGUUAUGCUGCUGUUGGUAUAACUAUUUUAACAUUUUUGUUUUUCCUCUUGUUGCUUUCUAACUUUGUUCUAGACCUUAAAGUACUUAUAUUUACCCGAAUUUUUUUAAACGAGUAAUAAUAUAUAUGUCCUCUAAAGUUGUUAGCUUUUUCUUGUCAUAAUUCCCUAAUUUAUUUGCAUUUUGAUGAGUAGCUACACAUCUAUCCUAUAAAAUGCCACUUACAAACAAGUGUUUGACUUUUUUCAUCAUUAUAAAGAAAUUGAUGUAUUUGUAAUGUCUCAUUGCGUAGCAAAAUUAGAUUUUCUGACGUUUCGUGACUCAGUGUAAGCCACUUCUUCGGAGAAUAAGUAAUCAAAUUGAAAUUUUCAUCAUUGUUUAUACUACAUUUUUUCAUAAUGAAAUUUCUACAUUUAUUUGUACUUUUGAGCUAUUUUCCCAUUAUCUAUUACAUGGAUUUUAAAUUCUUUACACCAGAAAGUAAAACUUACCAGUCAAUACUGCAAUUGUUAUAACAGAAAUUAUGGCUUCGAGUGAAGACAACGGUUACAUACUCCAGAAUGAAGUAGUAUGCAUUGAAAUGAAAGCGGUUGAACCUGUUUUGUGCAAACCAAGACUCCUACCAUUGAAAUCUGUUAAACUUUCUGGCUAUGAAGUCGAAGAUGAAACCAAACUCAAUAGUGUUUUCAUUCUAAACUUCUCACCAUUGACAAUCAAUCUCACUGAAAAACAAUUUGUAGAUCCUGAACCUUUUAUUGAACAAAAUAUUAGCGUGAUCAAAAGUCAAUCUAAUAUACUAUCUAAGCUUGGUGUGAAAAAUGAUUUUAUUUGA